AUGUGCCAGCUUGCCACGGCAACCCUCCUCAUCUGUUCCCACUUUGCAUUUGCCGUCCCUACACCUGUUCCUGCCAUUCAUCCACCAUUCCCCCAGAAGCAGCAGCAGCAGCAGCAGCAGUGGGGAGACCCGGGUCGAUGCACGCGCCACGACGACCGGGUGUCUUUAAGAACCCUUCCCCUUUCCUCCCCCCACCUCCCUUCAAAUAUCUCCGUUCCGUGUCGGAUCAAUGAGAUGGCGUGCAAGAACCACGGCAACCACAUCGAGGAGAUGGCGUGCAAGAACCACCCACACCUGAUCGAGGAGAUGGCAUGCAAGAACCACCCACACCUGGUGCGCCUGCUGGGCUACUGCAUCCACAUGGACGCGGCAACAGGAGCAAUCGAGCAGAUUCUCAUCUAUGAGUUCAUGCACAACGGCGACCUCGAGCGGUGGAUCGGACCAGGAGUGGUGGUCCCUCUGAACCUGCAGCAACGCUUGGACGUGCUCAUAGGUGUGGCUCAGGGCCUGCAGUACCUGCACAGCUUCAACAUCGUUCAUCGGGACAUCAAGCCCGCCAACGUCCUGCUCGACAAAUCCAUGCAGGCCAAGGUAUCUGACUUCGGUCUGGUGCGGAUAAACAAAGGCACCACUGUUGGUGCAACGCGGGUGAUGGGAACACCAGGUUAUGUGGACCCCGCAUACUCAUGGACACAGAGAGCCACUCCUGCUGCAGACGUGUACAGCUUUGGAGUGGUGAUGCUGACAGUGAUCACUGGGCGCAAGGCCUUGGUCUAUGUGGAACCCCAGAGGACUCUCAACACUCAAGAGAGCACCUCCAUCAACCUCACUGAUUGGGUGGAACCCCUAGUGAAUGCAGCGGAUGCGGACAAAAUCAAAGACCCUCGUCUCGACGCCCCGAGCCCUGUCAUUCUCAGGCUCGCCCGCCUUGCCCUCUCCUGCACCACCAUGUCUGUGACCACUCGCCCCACCAUGGCCCGCACUCUCUCCGAUAUCCUGGCGCUGAGGCAAGAGUGCUUUGGGCAGGAGUUGGAUCCGGUGCUGGCGAAUAUUGACAGAGACUUGGCGGACCUGAGGGGUUCCACCUUCUCCCAGGAGAUUCGGAGGGUGGACACUAUGUGUGGAGGAGGCUCGAUGCGUGUGGAGUGUGGUACCCGCAGCAGGGGCGGUGGGGCGGUGGUGGUGUUUGGAAGAGGCGUGCCUGCUGUGGCAGUGCCUUGGAUCCUGGCCAUGUGUUUGCUGUUCGCACAUGGAGGGGUAGGCGAUGCUCUGGUAUCAGCACAGUCUCACAAUGCUCACCCAACAGCAGCAGGAGCAGCAGCAGCAGGAGCAGCAGCAGCAGGAGCAGCAGCAGCACACACCUCAACAUCAUCACCCACAUCCUCCUCCUUCCAUCGUGCACCGUCCACUGAAUCUGGUCAAAUCCUCCCGCCCCGGCACAACAAUCCAGCUUCUUUCCAACCGAAUCGCUCCCCUCUCCCACCACCUCUGUCCCCUCCUGCCGCCAUCAGCACAACCAACCCCACUCUCCUCACCACCAACACACCCAACCCCACAAUCUCCUUCCGCCUGCCCCUAUCCCGCAAGACCAUGGGUCUGCCAGACAUAGUCCCGGAGCAAUCAAGCAACCAGGGCACACUCACCAACCAGAUCCAAUUCAACACUCAAAUCGCCGAGGCGAAAGGCGGCAAAGUCGAGCAGAACAACUCGCAGGCUCAAGCCGUGACCUCUGCUGCUCCCAGCUCAGGGGGAGUGGCAUCGGCUCCUUGCUCGGACAAGGACAAGAAGUGCAAGAAGGAGCAGGCCAAGGAGGAAUUGGCAAGAGAUGCAAACCAGCUGCAUCGGGACGUCGGGCAGGUCGGGCAGGACGUGCGGCAAAUCGGGCAGGAUGUGGCGCAGUUGGUGCCACGGACCCCGUUGGACCUGACUUACACGUUUCCGGCGGCUCCGGAUUACCGGAGGACUUUUGCAGAGGUCAUUCCGGAGGGCGCUGAUGGGAUCUUUGUGAGCUUCCCUGGUGGUGGUGGGUCGCGUCGGCAGCCAUGA